AUCAAUAUAGACAGUACUCAUCGGCUUGCGCGCUCCAGUACUCAUCACUGAUCUGCUACAUAUAUCAUAGCUGUGAAGUUUCGAGGGCACACAGCCAUAGAUAUGGCUCCAGCUCGAGUUGUUGUGGUGCUGCUGCUGGCGGUCAGCUGUGCGCUGCUGUCUGUGGCUGCGGACACCACAAAUACUCCAUCCCCACAACCGUUUGUAUGGCAGAAGGCGCAUGCGACGUUCUACGGCGGCGCUGACGCCUCCGACACAAUGGGUGGCGCAUGCGGGUAUGGCAACCUCUUCUCUGAAGGAUACGGGACACGCACGGCGGCUUUGAGCACCGUGCUAUUCAACAACGGCGCCGCGUGCGGGCAGUGUUACAAGAUCGCAUGUGAUCGCAAGCGCGCGGACCCGUUGUUUUGUAAGCCGGGCGUGACAGUGACCGUGACGGCCACUAACUUUUGCCCACCGAAUGACGCCCUCCCCAAUGAUAAUGGCGGCUGGUGCAACACGCCAAGGCCGCACUUCGACAUGGCCCAGCCGGCCUGGGAGAAAAUCGGUGUUUAUAAAGGUGGCAUCAUCCCCAUAAUGUACCAGAGGGUUCCGUGCGUGAAGCGGGGCGGCGUGAGGUUCAAAAUCAACGGUCAGGAUUACUUCAAUCUUGUGCUUGUGAGCAAUGUUGCUGCAACAGGCUCCAUCGAGUCCAUGGAUGUCAAGAGCAAUGAUUCUGAAGACUGGAUGCCUAUGGCACGAAAUUGGGGUGCUAACUGGCACUCGUUGGCGAACCUUAGCGGAAAGAUGCUCUCCUUCAGACUAACCAACACUGAUGGACACACGCUUGUGUUCAACGACAUUGUGCCAAAGGGGUGGACCUUUGGGCAAUCAUUUGUUAGCAAAUUGCAAUUCUAGCAAGCAAUGUGUGCCGACCAAUUAAUUUACCAGGGCAAGGUAUUGAUUUGUAAUAAUUAAUUGCAUAAAGUGCAAGUUAUGGUGCUUAAUGUGUGUGUGCUGCUUGUAGCACUGAUCUAAUUUUAAAAUUCAGUUUCUUCAUAUUC